AUGGCUCAGCAUCACCACUUAUCUAAUCUUUUACUACUUGCAUUUCUCAACAUAACUGGAGCAACUGCACGACACCUUCUAGAGAAGCCCCCUCCCUGGAUUCCUAAACCAGAACUCCCCAAAGUGCCAGCCUUGCCAAAGCCUGAAAUCCCAAAUGUGCCGAAACCUGUUAAGCUUCCAACCAUACCAAAGCCCGAGAUCCCUGCUCUUAAGAUGCCUGAGAUUCCUGCAAUGCCAAAACUAGAGGUUCCUUCCUUGAAAAAGUCAGAAAUCCCAGCAGUGCCAAAAACUGAGGUUCCUCCGGCUAUGAAAAAGCCUGAAGUUCCAACUUUACCAAAGCCCGAGCUAUCGAGUAUGCCAAAGCCAGAAAUUCCAGAACUACCCAAGCCAGAAGUACCAAAGCCAAAGGUCCUAGAACUUCCCAAGCCAGAAGUGCCAACUAUGCCAAAGCCUGAAUUACCAAAGCCAGAGCUUCCAAAGCUAAAAGUCCCAACAGUGCCAAAGCCUGAAGAAGAAACUAUGUCGAAGCCUGAAAUCCCAGAACUACCAAAGCCAGAAGUCCUAGAGCUUCCAAAGUUAAAAGUCCCAACAAUGCCAAAGCCUGAAAUAACAACUAUGCCAAAGCCAAAAAUCUUAGAACUACCAAAGCCAAAACUCCCAGAACUUUCAAAGCCAGAAGUACCAAAAAUGCCAAAGCCUGAAAUCCUAGAACUACCAAUUCCAAAAGUCCCAAAAAUGCCUAUGCUUGAAAUUACAGAUCUACCUAAACCAACUCUUCCUUCACUUUCUCCACCAUACAAACCUGCUACUCCUUGA